AUGGCUAGAGAUUUAGAAGUCGCGUUUGAAAAAAAAAAACAACAACAACAACCAUUACUCUUCAUCAUGACACCCCCAGUAAAGCUGCAGUUUAGUUUGGAUGACUUUUUUAAAAAGUCCAAAUAUCUCAAUCCUGUGAAAGCCCCGGUGAAGCCGGUUUUUCAGCGACAAGACUCGGUGCUUACAUCUUUAGAUGAUGAUGCAGGGUUUGAUGAUGUUGAUGUUUCGUAUGAUACUAGUGUUGAAGUGGUUAAUUUGAGAAAUACUGUGUUGCCGACCCAAACAAAGAGAAGUGCUGAUGUGUUGGAAGUGUACCAGCCCCGCAAACUUACCAAGGUGGAACCCACCAAGGAGGUAGCACCGCAGGAGAUUUGUUUAAGCCCUGAACAACAGAUGGUUGUCGAUACUGUGGUUCAUGCCAAAGAGAGUAUUUUUUUCACAGGGAGUGCAGGAACAGGUAAGUCGGUUGUUUUGAAAGAGAUGGUCAAAGCGUGCAAAGGAGUGUAUGGAGACAAUUUUGGGGUUACGGCAUCGACAGGUUUGGCUGCAUGCAAUAUCCAGGGCCAGACAGUGCACAGAUAUCUAGGUAUUGGGUUUGGAAGAGACCCCGUCGACAAGUUGGCAGCGAAAGUGAGAAAGAAUGUCAUGUUGUUAAGGAAAUGGCAACAAAUGAGGUUGCUUAUUAUUGAUGAGAUAUCGAUGAUUGAUGCCGGGUUGUUUGACAAGAUCGAAGAGGUUGCACGGAUAGUGCGCAACAACGAGAAGCCGUUUGGUGGGAUCCAGAUUGUUGCGUGUGGGGAUUUCUACCAGUUGCCGCCAGUCAACAAGGACGGCAAGGCGAGGUUUUGUUUUGAAGGGAAAAGUUGGCACAAAGUGAUUAAGAAAUCGAUUGUGUUGAAACAAGUUUUUAGACAAAAGGGGGACACGGAGUUUAUUGAUAUGUUGAAUGCAUUGCGACUUGGGAAUUUAAAUGCGGCGGUGUUGGAGAAGUUUGCUACUUUGCAGCGGGAGAUUCACUACGAGGACAAGUUAGAGCCCACGGAAUUGUUUCCUACACUAAAUGAGGUGCGUCAGGCGAACCUGUCGAGGCUUGCACGGUUGCCAGGGAAAGAAAGGGUGUUUGUUGCCACUGAUCGAGGAGACCCCAGGCAGCAUAAAAUGCUUGAUAACUUGAUGUGUGAGAAGGUGUUGCGUCUCAAGGAAGGGGCACAAGUGAUGAAUAUUGUGAAUUAUUCCGAGGAUAUUGUCAAUGGGUCAUUGGGAGUGGUUUUGUUUUUUGCGACUAGGGAAUUGUACUAUAAGUUUAUCCAACAUUAUGGGCCCAUCAAUGCGAACGACGAGGAUGCGAUUAAAGAGAUGAGGUUUAUAUGUCAUAGAAUUGACGAGAGCGAGUAUACUGCAGAAGAGAAGGAGUAUUAUGAGGGCUUACUGAAUGAGCGCAAGGAGUGGGUACAGAAUGCUACAAACGUUGCCGUGAGAGGAACUGGUGUUGAAUGUUUUCCGGUGGUUAAUUUCAAGACGCGUGGAUCUGAUGUUGUUGCUCUUGUGGAUAAACAGGAUUUCAAGAUGGAAAAGGCGAGCAAGAAAGUUACUGACCAGUUAGACGACCUUAAUGUUUUGGCAAGAGAGCAGUUGCCGCUUUUGCUUGCAUGGGCCAUGUCGAUUCACAAGUCGCAGGGUCAGACCUUGGAUAGGGUUAGGGUUGAUUUGGGUCGUAGUUUUGCUGAUGGCCAGGCGUAUGUGGCGUUGUCCCGGGCGACCAGCAAAGAUCGGUUAGAGUUGCGCCACUUUCGACCAGACAAGGUUACGACGUCGAAUGCUGUGAGAAUGUUCUACCAGUCGUUAGAGCAAGUAUAG